GAGUGCUUUUGCUGCACUGACACUCAGCGGGCUGGUUGGUUAAUCUUCCCCCUCAGAAAGUGAAAGGCCUGCAAUAUAUAUUUAUACACCGUGACAACCGGUACAAUGUCGGAUUUCGAAGAAUUUGAGAAACAGCUCAGCGAAAAUCGACAGGAGAGAGAAAGACACAAAAAGAGGAGUCGCAGUGAAUCUACCGGCCGAGCUGACAAGCACCGCAGCUGGAGCAAAGACAGAGGGAGCCGCAGCCGAGAGAAGAGGAGCCGCAGCCGAGAGAAGAGGAGCCGCAGCCGAGAGCGAAAGAGCCGCGACCGCCGGAGCUCAUCCCGGGACCACAAGAAGCACAGCCACUCCCCCAGGAGAACCAGGAAGAAAAGGACCUGCAAAUAUUGGGAUGUGCCUCCUCCUGGCUUUGAACACAUCACACCAAUGCAAUAUAAAGCUAUGCAAGCGGCCGGGCAGAUACCAACCAUCGCUCUGCUGGCGACCUCCACCAGCGGCGGCUUGGCUUCAGCUCCGACGCAAGUGCCCAUCGUCGGCAGCCAGAUGACCAGACAGGCCAGACGCCUCUAUGUAGGAAACAUUCCCUUUGGAGUAACUGAGGAGUCCAUGGCCGAGUUCUUUAACGCUCAGAUGAGACUCGCCGGCCUCUCACAAGCCCCGAGCAACCCGGUCCUGGCUGUGCAGAUCAAUCAGGACAAAAACUUCGCUUUCCUAGAGUUUCGGUCUGUAGAUGAGACGACACAGGCGAUGGCCUUCGAUGGAAUCAUUUUUCAGGGUCAAUCACUGAAGAUCAGAAGACCUCACGACUACCGGCCUCUGCCUGGAAACUCAGAGCAGCCGGCUUUCCACGUCCCAGGCGUUGUCUCCACAGUCGUACCUGAUUCUCCCCACAAACUGUUUAUAGGAGGCCUGCCCAACUACCUUAAUGAUGACCAGGUGAAGGAGCUCCUGACGUCGUUCGGGCCUCUCAAAGCGUUUAAUCUGGUGAAGGACAGCGCCACCUCGCUAUCUAAGGGUUACGCCUUUUGCGAAUAUGUCGAUAUCAGCGCUACAGAUCAGGCAGUAGCUGGGCUCAAUGGGAUGCAACUGGGCGACAAAAAGCUGGUAGUCCAAAGAGCGAGUGUGGGUGCUAAAAACGCAAAUACUACCUCCAUCAUCGAGACCCCGGUGACGCUGCAGGUCCCCGGCCUGCAGAGGCUGCAGAACUCUGGCCUGCCCACGGAGGUGCUGUGCCUUCUCAACAUGGUGAUGCCCGAGGAGCUGGUGGACGACGAGGACUACGAGGAGAUCCUGGAGGACAUCCGAGAAGAAUGCUGCAAGUACGGCAGCGUGCGCUCCAUCGAGAUCCCCCGACCCGUGGAUGGGGUGGAGGUCCCCGGCUGUGGGAAGAUCUUUGUGGAGUAUGUUUCUGCUGCAGACGGUCAGAAAGCCAUGCAAGCCCUCACCGGCCGCAAGUUUGCCAACAGAGUGGUGGUCACCAAAUACUACGAUCCGGACCAGUAUCACAGACACGAGUUCUGAAAGCACAGGAGAAUCCUUCUUUCUGUUUGUGAAAGGAGAAUUCUGUUCAGGCGGUUUCUUUACCUAAGAAAAUACUUAUUUUAUUACAUCUUCUACCUAACAAACUGGACUGAAGUGUGUAUUUCUUCACCGAAUAUCUAACUCCUAGCUUUAGCUUCAACACCUGAACUGAAAUGAGUGAAUACAAAAUAAUACUGCAGUUUCUAGGGAUGUCACGAUGCCAGAUAUUUAGUAGUGGAUAACUAUACCAAUGAAAUUCCGCAAUCUUGAUACCUAAUGUGUAAUUGUAUUGUAUGUGUUAUUGUUAUAUACUAAGGGGCUGGAAAUUUGACACAUUGACUCAUCUCUAUACGGUUGACCAAUCACAACAGAGCUGGCAAAAACAACAUUUUAAAAGACCUUUUUUGAACACAUCAUGACAACGAUUUGAUUUACCUUCGUUGAUUUAUUCAUUUUGAACGCUUCACAGUGAAACUCUAUGGCCCUUCCACUAAACCGGCUGCUAACAGCAAACAUGAACUAAUCGUUCUUCCAAAAUGAGUGCUAGUGAUUUAAUGAACACCUCUUUCAACAGUACCCUAAUUUCUGUACUUUCAUACGAUCAAAAUGCUUGCAUCAACUUGGUACCUAUGUAUCUGUUCUUGUGACAUCCCUAUCAAUAUCCAUUACAUUUGUAGUAGAAUGAAUGUGACAUGUAUCUUAUCUAAUACUGCCUGACGAUGCCAGAGUAGCUGUCUUAUGGAGUAUGCACUAUAUGAGAAAAAACAGUCAAAUGUUUAGAUAUCCCUACUGAGCACAAACAUUCAUUUCACUGUUUUCGAUUUGAAAAGCCAUCAUAAAUGUUUAUUGUGUGGCUUUGACAGAAAAAAAAAGUUUUUAUUUAUUUUUUGAAAAGUCAUAUUUUCGUCUUUACGUAAUAUUAGUCAUUAACCAUAUACAACUCUAUUACACUGCUCACAUAGAAUACAGGGCUGUACUGAGCAGUUCAAAACUAAAAUGCUACAUUCAAAUAUUAAAUUAACAUUUGAAUGCUGCAAAGGUUUUUUUUAUUUUUUUUAUGUCUUUUCAUUUACUUUAAAGCUGAUAUGUGUUCAAGGUUGCAGAUAAAUAUUGGUUUUAUUAUACUUUGUGUAUAAUUGAUUCCAGUAGUGGUUGCAUUGCACUGCCUCAACUCCAAACAUUUUAUAUAACACAUUUUUAUCCAACCAAAUAAUCUGCUUCAAUCCAUAUUUGUUUGUGUUGCAAGAUCAACAUUUUGACUUUGGUCCAAACCUUUUUUUGCUUUCCUACUUGCUGCACACCAAUGGUGGUAACAAUAUUAACCUGUUUUAUUGAUUCAAUUAUAUGUUAUUCAACUAAAUGCAAUUUCUAACAAAAACAUUAAAUUGUCCUUGCUUUUCAUGGUGACGAUGUAAUAAAAAUAUGUGACAAUAUAUUUAAAACCUCAAUAGAAGCUUCACAUUUUUUUUAAAGAUGGCAUUCGGUACAACCCUAACUAAAUCUAAACGUAAUCUUUUUUAAACAUUUUGACGGUAAUGGGGUAAAUGUGUGUUUUGUCACUUGAGUCAGAAAUCAAGGGCUUUUUGUGUCAAAUAUGACUUUAAAGAAAAGCAAAUUGGUAAACAGCUUCCGUUGGUCUAAUAAAAAAAACUAAGCAGCAUAUGUUAAUAAAUGCACCUUUAAGUUUUGUUGAUCGCAAACUGAAUGACUUUUUUCAAAAACAUUUAUUCUUUUUGUGAACGAUCAAAGAAAAUGGAUCCAAUGAAAGCAUUAAUGUAUUAUUAGAAAAUAACUUAUGCUUGAAAAGUGCAAGCGCAAACAUCCCAAAUGAUUUGUCUGAUAUCGGGAUGUGAGAUAAUGUUCUGUUGCAGAGUUACCACAUUAUGUUUUAGUGCAAUAAAUAUCACAGAUCAUAAAAAGCCACUCUUUCAUAUAUAUUUUUGAAUGGCCAAGAAUUUAAAAACAUUUUUAUUUUGUACAAAUUCAGCCACUGCCAUUGCCUUGAGUACAUGCUUCCGUCCACUGUCAGUCUGACUGCGAGUAAUCCUUUUGUGCAUUAUGAUUGGAUCAGUUAUGGCUGGUUAUUGAUGUAUUUAAAAUGUGUAAAUAUGUAUUCAAAUACCUAGUUGUUUUAUCACAGAGGUCCCUCUAUUAUCUUUUAUUAACAUCUUAAGUCAUAUCCGUUUACAUUUACUCACCUUCUCUUAUUAUUCAUUUAUUUAACAGAAGUCAUUAUGUGAUGUUUUAGAAUCACAGCUUUUUGUUUUAUUCUGAAAAGUAUUACCGGUAGUAAGUAUUUAUGUUUUAUUUUAGUUAUGGAUACAUGUUUAACAAAUUGUUAUAAUUAGUAAAUAUGUUUUAUCCACUUCCGUCGAUAAACUUGUUUAAUUUAAAAUGGUGUUACCAGAGGUGACAGUACGUCAAUGCUUGUUGGAUCAUUAAUUAGCCUUCCCUGCCCUCUAUUGGUCCUAAUAAGGCACUGCAAAACUACAUUAAAGGGGUACUUUUUA